AAUGCUGUUCAGGGUUACCACCCUCGGAACAUGUUGUGUUUAUUCCUUUUUGCGCGUGAAGAUUAAUUUUCUUCCAAAAAUUAAUGGAAAUUUCGUUUCGUUGUUUUGUUUUCGUGCUGUACACUUUGAUUGUGAUUUAUUUGCAGCACUUUGUUAACAAAUACACAGAAUUCGUUCGCCGUUUGUAA